GUAAUCUAAGCGCGCGCUCCUUGAAUACGACGUGCUUUUUCCUCUCCAACCGGAAAAUACCAAUUCUGUGAAUUAUCCGUUUGGGAAACCUGAUCUUCCUAGCCGGUGAAUUUAAUUCAACCAUUACUUACAUAGUAAAUCUCUGUGUGCUUCAGGUGCUACUUUUGUAGCAGCAUCUUCCUCACUCGUUCAGAGAAACAAGACUUGUUGGUCUACCACGUGAUUGCCGUGAAGCCGAUCAUUCAGAAAGUACUAGGACUAACUGGCGAAAGGAUCAACUCCAAUCACAGUAGUAACAGUCUUAACAUACCUCAUACUACAAACCACAUAUAAUUAAUCCCAGCACUACUCCCUUUGGAGUCAACCAAAGCUACGACAGUCGAGUGGCGGGACAAGCUACGCAGAAGUUUACCGAAGAUCAAGAACCUAUACCUCACAAUCAAGAAGCGAGCACAAAGAAAUCAAAUUGGUUUAUACUAGCUCGUAAAAACGAUAUUGGAUAUUGGAUAUUGAAUCAGGAUAUUGGAUAUUGGAUUUACGGACAAAAGUGGACGCUAAUUUAGGUUGUGCGUUACUACAUCUGUUACUCAAGUUGCUGGUAGCAGACAUUCUGUCCAGUUACACAGCAGUAUAUAUAUAUAUAUAUACAUAACUUUGAUGUCCUUUGAGGCAAAACUUACCACGCUAGUUUUCCUUUUGAUUAUUAUUCGCAGAUCGUGUGUAUCUGUCGAGAGUAAUAGGCCUUAUUUUGUCAACAUAGAUGAAAAUGACGCCGUCUGUAUGGAGUACCGGCAGAACGUGUCGUUGUAUAUAAAAGACAUAGUAUAUAAUAUGUCAUCAAACACUGCGCCCGUUUCAUUUUGUGGCUGGUGUGGUGGUGGAUUACAGCGAAUAAAGUCGAUUGUAGAAAACCGUGAAAUUCACAAUGCAGAUGGGAAGUCUUGCUACGAUCUUUUGACCAAUACAGAAAAAGGCACAAUCGACUCAAUUGAUUUUAUUUUUGAUAAAUGGAACAGUUCUUUUUGUUCCCACUGCUUGGAAGAAUCUGCUUUAUAUCAUAAUGUUAGUAUAUCAGACAGAUCAAUCUACAAGGUCAGACGAUCGAACAAUUCUUUGGGUAUAUUUUAUAAUUUGGAGGCCUACAGUGACAAAGUCAUUACUUUCUUUGAUAAACUGGAUGACACUUUGAAUUGUUUCAAUAAGUUUUUCAGUAUUCCUAACAUAUCUAUUCUCAAUGUAUUAAAUUUUCCUUCAUCUAAAAGUUUGAAUAUAAGUCAUCUGGUUUGUAAUAACUGUUCUACCGUGUACUACGCGUUGUUAGAUUUUUACAAUAAUCAACUUUUAAGAUAUAACACACUGGAGGGAGACCAUGGAAAACUCAAGGUACUAGCCCAAAAUGGUUAUCGUUUUGCUGUGUGCUUGGAUGUACAAGAUGCUAUAAAUCGUACUCAAUGGGCGUGGUACAAUUUGUUUCAAUGCCGAACUGAGGAGAUUAAUCCGAUUGGCUAUCUGUUACCAUUAUUAAUAUGUAUCGUUUUCUUGAUAACUUUCCAUGCUCUUGCUCAGUCAGUAUGUCGUCAUCCAGUUCAUCUAAUGGUAUAUAGACCAAAACGUGUUGAGCCUACAAUCAGAACACAGCAGAGACUUCUUAGUACGUCUUCAGUUACACAGGACCACACAUCAUUGGUCAGAACAUAUGGUAGCAUAGAAUCUGUGGUGGAGACUAAUUUAAUAAACAAAAACACAGUCACGAGAAGUUUGUCAUCGUCCUAACCACACCACCAUCUAACUGAUAUCCAUACAUACAGCACUGGAGGAUACACACACUGUAAACACCGAGAAGUAAUGAAAAACAACUUGGUGUACUAAACAAAACUGUUUUAAUGACUUUCACAAAAUGAUUCCAUAUUUUAUUUAUCCUUUUCACAGUCAAUCAAGCAAUUACCAAUCAAGAUUGUUAUAGUAUUUUCAAUUUCACCGAUUUUCUCUUCAAUAUGCUGAAGUAUAAAAUGACUGAAAUUAAGGAAAAUAAUUUAUGUACUUUUUUAAUUUUCGAAAAUUCCAACCAUCUUAUAAAUAAGAAAAAAAGGAUAUCUUUAUUGUUUACUUUGUCGAUCAUUUUUAUCAUGUUAUCUUGGAAUUGUUUCAAUACCUCAGUCAUCUACAGCAUUCGAUUUCAAUGUAAAACAAAUCGAAAUAUUACCAAACUGAAUAAUUCAUUAAAUCCCUCGUCCUCCGACAUUUGUAUAUUUAUAAAUAAACUUUUUGUCUACUAUAAAUACAAAUUAUCGAUUGGAUUCGUGUGAUUUUGAAUGAUCACCUGAUUCUUAAUUUUCACGUAUUUUACAGAAAACUUAACUAUUUCAGACGGUUUCUUGAUAGCAGAAAUCCAAAUCUAGAGAUUUAGAAGGUAAAAAAAAAUAACAGAGUAAAGAAU